AUGGCCAAAAAUGAUAUGAUCCCGUACUGUCUCGUUGAAGGGCAGUCCGUAUCGAACGCCUUCUCCGUCAUACCCGAACCUUCGGAAACGGUUUAUGAUCUGAAGGUGCGCAUCAGGACCGAGAAUCCUGACACGUUCAUCGGAGUUGAUGCUAAGGAUCUUACCCUCUGGCGUGUUCUCAUCCCGGCCGGUAAUCUGCACUCUGCCAUCACAUUUGCUGCCCUUGGGGACGACAAGUCUGAGCUAGACAAUCCGAGGAAACUCCUCAUCGACCUCUUUCCCAAGAGUCCCGAUGACAACACGUACAUCUUUGUCCGGGGACCCCCUCGAGUCCAAGCACCUGUCCUGUCAGAUGAGGAAUGGCAACAACUUGUAGUACAGAUUGAGAACGCCUUCUUCGGACCUAAUUCCAUCAAUUGCACAGGCCUCGUCCAGUUCGUUAAAGGUGAUGCGAACAUUCCGACAACAGGAGGAACACUGGGCGGUCUACCCUUUGUUCGUCCCCGUGCAGGCGGAGAAACGAACCUGCCCAGUCUCUUGUUUCUAAACCUACCAGAAUCGGCUGAGACACAGCGCCCUCCCAGUACUGCCGAUAGAGCACUGGAAAAGAUUCGCGAGCGAGCGAUUCCCCUGUUACCGCUCUUCAGUGUCUCUGGAUGUGGGAAAACGAGGACGACGAUCGAGAUGCUCUCCAAGAACUGGGGCUUCUAUUUCAACGGAAGCAGCACAGAUUUGGGCUCCCGUGAUCUCCUCAGCUUUCUUGGCUUUGUUAAACAAAAGCCACGAUACCAAAAUCGUGAUCCAGAAAGCAACAUCCACGUUCACAUCCUGGCUCUGGCUCUUGCUCUUACUCGUGUCAUAAUUUUGCACCACUGUCUCGUCAUUGCGGAGCGCGAAGGAACGGCAUUUACUUGCAAGCACUGGAUGCUGCUGCAAGUUGCUUUCCGCACGAUGGGUAUCGGAGACCUGUUUGCCACGCUGUUCGCAUCGAUUGCGAAAGAGAUCCACCGUCACUCCGUAGGCAUCACGACCAUGAGCGCCUUCACUCAAGAACGAUUCUCCAGUCUUCACCAACGCCUUCUGAACCUCACCUUCAGUACUCCCUCCCAGCGCUUUGGCUACAAGAUCCUUUUGGUAAUCGAUGAAGCCCAAAAUCUCAGCAAAGAGGAAUUUGGAACCUUCCCUUCCCAACAAACACCUUCGGAAACUGAGCGACGAGCCGGAGCCGACCUCCCUGAUGUCUAUAAGCACCCGAUCUUCUCCCCUUUGGUUCACGGGUUCAGCCAGAUCUCUGAAGAUGAGAACCUGUUUUGCGUGAUACCUUGUGGGACUGGCCUCAGCAUUUUCGAUUUGAAAUGGCUCGAAGACUCGGCUCCUCUUCCCAAAGGUUAUAAAAAGCAGCUUGGGCCAUUCACCGAUUUCCAAGGCUGGGAAUCGCUCGAACAGGUCCAAAACUACCGACUUCUUGUGCGUCGCUCGCUACCCAAUGACACGGCCAGAAUCAUCUUCGACACUCGUGUGCCAGUCGAAUCGACACCAGAGCUCUUUGCACGCUUGCGUGGACGUUUUAGACCCAUUGUCUCCGCCAUCGAGCGUAUGAUCAUGCCCAGCAAUGACGAGAUCGAUUGGAGACAGGCGAUUAAGGAAACGGAGGAUACUUUGUCAUCAACGGAGACCGAGUAUUACGGCAAAGGAAACAUCGCCUUCGACAUAUCGCAAAUGGUUCGCAGAGUUCACAAUUUCGAGUCGCGGUACUCAAACUAUCAAAACAUACGAACCAUCCUCCAGGACUUUGUGUUGCAGCACUUCCUGCACGGGCGCCCUUUACUUCUCAAUAGGGAGGAGGCAAUACUGGUGGAAGCUUCUGUCGGGAGGAUCCUUAAUUUCGGCAAACACGCGGUGACGGUCCUCGAUGAACCCUUUGCACUGCGCGCUGCCGUGAACUACUUCCGUCAACAUGACCAAAAAUUUCACAGCGCGAUCUGUGCGUUGUCCGGUUCGGGAUCGAAACCGUCAGUGCAUGGACACCAAUGGAAACAGGCAGUUUUGCCUAGCCUGGCACACGUUUUCCACGACAGAAUCCUUUCUAACACAAGUCUGAUUUCGAAGGGGGUGAAGUCCUACGACCCCAUUCUGGAUGUCAAGGCCAAAAUUGCUGGAUUCGUCAACCACCUCACCCUGGGGAUCGACGUUAAAACAAUGUCACUGGAUGCGUUUCUGGAUGCUCAUGUCCACCAUGGUUCAUGCAAGGAUGGGAAGCCAGUUCCGCCGUUUUACCAACCUGCUGAGACGACGUCAGGACCCGAUGUUGCGUUUGUUCUUCGUUUUGACAACUGUGGCUACUGUCCCGUUUUCGUCCAAUUGAAGAUGCGGCACGAAGUGAAAAAAAUAGAAGCCCAGAAAGCGUUUUCUACGGUCAAGGAUGGCGAGGUCCAAGGUCAUUUCCAAGAGGCGAUGCUUCAGAGGUAUUGUACCGGCUAUCCUAAGCAGUACCUUGGCGUUGUUAUUGCUUAUCCGGCCGAGCUUGGAGGCGUCGAGGGCACAUUUCUGGAGGUCAGACGAAGCGAGCGAAUCCGGUCCGCCCAAGGAGACAAACCUCAGUGCAUUUCACUGAGGAUUGACAUGAGCAACAUACACGGCCUCUUCCCCCAAAACCAUAUGGAGGCACUGGAUUUGCUUAAGGGAAUCAAGCGAGAGUUGGACCAGGUCGACGGAGGCCAAGGCAGCGAUGAUCAAAAUGACGAACCUGCGACAAAGCGUCGUCGGUGCGAGGAUGAAGACAAAGACUCCCGCGUGGACUCUGACUAG